GACAAUCGAGAGUCCCUCACUGCGAUUGAGACUGUGUGUGGCGAUAGUAUAGCUAUUACACCCUUCUUGAUCUUUAAAGGAGAUGUUUUAUUGGAAGAUCACUUUAAAAACGACCUGGAUAACAAGAUAAUUCUAGCAACAAGUGCAUCUGGCUAUACAAACAAAGAGCUAAGCAUGAAAUACAUUAAACACUUCUAUAAUCAAACAUAUAAAAAGAUAAAAGGGAAGUGGCAAAUGCUUGUUUUUGACAGGCAUGCCUCUCACACCUCUGACAACUUCUUGUAUUACUGUUAG